AAUUGACAUACCUAACAGGUUCACACAACUGUCUCUGUGUAUGUGUCUUUAUAUAUUGAAGUCCAAAGUAUGAAACACAUUUCAUAAGGAUACCUCAGCUAGGGUAACUAAAGAGCAAGAGAAGAAGCCAAAUUUGAAGAGCCAUGGCAGAUGAAUUCCAGGCAGGGAUUUGCGCGGAGAACUGGUGGAUGAAUCCAUCUCAAAGCAACUUUGGUUCAUCAGUUUGUUCUCCUAUCAUCAACAACAUGGAUCUUAUUUCAUGGCCAGCUGAUUUGGACAUCAAGGCCAGGGCUAGUGAUGAUCAAUCCGGUUCAGCUAAUUCCGAGGGGUCCAUAGUUUUUGAAGAUAUUCGGAGACCUAUGGAUCAAGAUGGAUCUUUAUUAGCUCUGAACUCAAACUUAGAGAUGAUAAAUAAAAAUCUCUCUUCUUCAAUAACAGCAAACUGGAAUCCAACUUUACUUGAUCAUGACAACAAGAGUAACGGGUACAAUUAUCAGACCAACCUUCUUGACAGUUUAAAUUCGAGCUCAAAUUAUCAACAAGAUGCUGGUAAUUUAUCUCAUAUCAAGAAAGAUUGGAGCCCCGAGAAGUUCUCUACCUUCAAUGAGAUUUCUUCCUUGGAGUCCUAUAAAGGGCAACCAGCAGAUCAAGUUUUUUCAGUAAGUUCGUCGUAUGGCUAUACUUCUUCACUGAUGCAAACCCUAUUCCAUACGGAUUCUGAUCAAGAUUCGGUUUUUGGAAAUCAACCGAUGGAGUAUGCGGCUCUAAGUAAUAUUUGUCCAGAAAAGUUAAAUGAAUUUACAUCUUCUAAUAAUUCAUUGCUUAAGCCUUCACCAGUAGUCCUGCCAAAACAACCUCUUAACCAUUUGAAUCUACCAAAUAAUUCGGCCUGGAAUACAUCCAACGACGACAGCCAAUUCGCUUCAGGGCAGUCUCAAUUCUUCUCACCAAAAUUUGCAGAUGAGCUCAAUUGUCCCAGUCUCAGUGUAAAGUCUGAUAAUAAAAGAAAUCGUGACAUGAGCACAGCGGUGAAGAUUAACAGUACUGAACCAGUGUUCAAAAGACAACGAAUGCAAACACCAUCACCAUUACCAACUUUUAAGGUAAGGAAAGAGAAGCUUGGGGACCGGGUAACAGCCCUUCAGCAGUUGGUUUCUCCUUUCGGAAAGACUGAUACAGCAUCAGUUCUCCAUGAAGCUAUUGAGUACAUAAAGCUCCUUCAUGAUCAAGUCACUGUUCUAAUUACUCCAUAUAUUAAAGGAGGAUCACCUAUUCCUCAUGAUCAUGAGCAGACUCGAAGAGAUCCUAAAGGAAGACGUCAAGAACUAAGAAGCCGGGGACUGUGCCUUGUCCCCAUAUCGAGCACUUUCCCAGUUGCUUCAGAGACCACUGCUGAUUUUUGGACACCAACAUUCGGAGGAAGCUUCAGGUAGAGAAGCUAAUUAUUAAAGCCAUAAUUAUCAAGUUUCGGCUUAUUUAACUUGAAAUGGAAGGAACAUCGAAAAGCUAGAAAUUACUGGGAAAUAGUUAUCGAACAUGGGAGAGAAUUUUGAAGAAAGGACAAACAAGUUAGUGACAUAUCAAACAGACAUAGAAUCGGAUUUUUGGAUGAUAUUAAUUAGGUAGCUCACUGAGGAUAAUAUUGAUCAGUUGUAAUUAAAUAAACAUUGCUUUUUGUUAAAGUUGGAUUAGGAACAGGAACAGGUGCUAAAUUCAGCUGGAAACUCUUAUGGGUUGUUUGGAGAUCAGGUCAAUUUAGCAUUAUAAGUUGUAAGCUGAAAAGGCUUUGAGCUGUUCCUGCUUCUAUGUUUUUGAACUUUUAUUUGGCAGACAAAGAAGAGAAAGAUGUAACUUGUGUCUCACUUUUGGUUUAUAAUAAUAGGGUUCCUACUUUUAUCA